CUUUGCCCUGGACGAGCCCUAAUAAGCAAACUAGCUUUGAAAAUGGAGGGAAGAACUCUGUGACAUUGGCGCGCUAAAGCAACGGAGUUCAAAAGAAAUGGCUACACAAGAAGACGAUGAAGACUAUAUAAAUCCCCCUGAAAUGAUCUUGCCUGAUGAAGAAGAUGAAGGGAAAAGCCUUACCAUGCUAGGUGACGGUGCAGUGACGCAACAACAUUGUAUCCGUUCGAUCGAGUCAACGGUGGUGAUUAGGCAGCUUCCUUCGGAAGGGAUUUCUUUCCAGCUUUGGCCAGCCGCUACGACGCUUGUUAUGCUCCUUGAAAACCACCGCCGUUACCCCAACAAAAACCUCCUAACCGAUUUGUUCACCAGUGGAGGUAAUGAUGAUCGGAAACUGAAAAUCCUUGAGCUAGGGUCCGGUACUGGGCUCGUCGGAAUUUCCGCAGCCGUCAUGUUCGGAGCUAAUGUGACGGUGACAGACUUGCCACAAGUCGUCCCCAACCUUCAAUUCAACGUUGAAGCGAACGCUGACGUAGUAGCUCGAAAAGGUGGGACCGUCAACGUGGCUCCAUUGAGGUGGGGAGAGGAUGAUGACGUGAAGGUUAUUGGGCGGGAAUUUGAUAUUGUUUUGGCCUCCGACGUGGUUUAUCAUGCUCAUUUGUUCGAGCCGUUGAUCGAAACGCUACGUUUUCUGUUGAACGGAUGUGAAAAGAUGGCUUUCAUUAUGGCUCACUCGAGAAGGUGGAAAAAGGAAUCUGUAUUUUUCAAGAAAGCGAACAAGUUUUUUGAUGUCGAAACCAUACACACUGAACCUCCGAAGGAGGGAUCUAGACUUGGAGUAGUUGUUUAUGUCUUCCUUGGGAAAAAGCUAAAAUGUUAAAAGGAGUUUGAAUUGACCAAAAGAUUGCCGACAAGGUUAUGAUUAGUGAAGUUGAUAAAUAAGUUCGAUUUCUUACGCAUUUCUGUUCUGUUGUUUCAUUUCAGAGUUCAAAUACUUGACUGGUUGCUUACUGCCUCCGGUACAACAGUUACUCGCCAGCAUCAGUGUUAGAACUUUUAAACUGGACUGAGAGCGAUAAAAUUGAAAUCUAAUGAACAGCAUUUUACACCAAACCCAAUAUACUGUGAUUGUGCUUACAGCAAAAAGUACCAAAACCCAUGUUGAUCAUCCAUCGGGAGUUUGAAACAAUAGGGAAAGAGGAAAAAAAAGUAUCCUAGAAUCUACAUUCACACAAAUGACAGCCAUGCUCCCUUUCCUGUUGCUGGUGGCCUAGUCACACUUGAAGCAUUGCUUUCUUUCACCAUUCACAAGUUAAAAACUCUUAGAAAUAAUAAAUGCCUCCAAAACUGAUUCUGGGCAUUUGAGUGCCAUCUUGUCAUAAAUAAUAGCAAUACAUACCA